AUGGAAGAAGAUCAAGAGACAAACAAGGAGUCCUCUCAAACUACAGAGGUGAAGAAGGUGCCUCCUAGAUCUGAAACCAAGCGCUACAGUGAGAUCUUCAGAGACUUUGAUAAGCUUGACUUAUCUAUAAUUUGUCCUACAGAGGAGUAUCUGCUGCAAGACGUCGACUCAGAGUUCAUCUCUACAGAAAACGCAGAUCUCACAGAACAACAUGACGUGACUACCAGUGCUGAGGCCAAUGAUGUUGAUGAAAACCAGUCAGCCCAGGAAGCAGACCUGGCCCUCUGUCGGAGCGACGAUGGAGUGGAGACGGCGCUGCAGUACACCAAGUCGUGGUGCCGCUACGCCAAAGACCUCCUGGCCUGGAUGGAGAAGAGAAUCAGCUUGGAACAAGAAUUUGCCAAAAAUGUAAUAAAGACAGCCGAAGGAGCAAAAGCCAACGUGGGGCAGCAGGAGAUGAUGCCCCUGCAGUACAUCUACACGAUGGCGCUGGAGCAAGACAUCAAGAACAGCGUGACAUCUAGAAAGACUUCAGAGCUGCUACAAAGCCGCUGUUACCAAGCUUUGGCUGCCAAGAAGAAUGAGAUCGACAAGUGGCGGCGAGAGUUUAAGGAGCAGUGGGCGAGAGAACAACGGAAGAUGAGCGAAACAGUGACGGCUUUUAAAAAGGCUCGUCAGCAGUACUUCCAGCGUUGUGAUGAGCUGGAAAAGGCUAAAGCGGGCUCUGCUAAAGCUGUAGACGACACAGCUGGAUACAAAACGCUGGACAAGAGGCGCAAGUCCAAGGAUGAAGCCCAGACUAAGGUGACGGAGUCAGAGCUCCUGUACAGACAGUGUGUGAAUGAUGCCAGGAUCCACCAGGACGUCUUGGUGAAGAUCAAAGAGAAAAUUAUUUCUCACAUUCGCAAGCUCAUCUGUCAGGGAGACACUGUGCUCAAGGAGGCCACAGUCAACAUGUUUUACUACCAGCGGCAGCAGACGGAGCCGGUUCCGCUCGGGUAUCACAACCUGGAGUUGACGUGCCGGUCCCUGGAGCCAGGCGAGCCCUACCUGCUCUACAUCAUCAGCAAGCGUCGCCCCGAACAACCUCUAGAGGUCUUUAACUUCCAGGAGUAUGUUCCUCCGAGCAAAGGGAACAAGAGAAAAACCAGCCACACCCUCGGCUCUCUGCAGGACUCUUCACCUAUGACAGACGACAGCACCUUCAGACGAUACAGCGAUGGCAGGAGAACGGGGUACAGUGACGGUGAGAGUUUUGGAGGCAGUUUAGAGUCUCUGUCCAGCCCCGCUCACACUAAUAGGAGGCUGCCUAAAACCGCAUCCACUCUAACAGUGUCAUCUGAUGACAUGGACGAGCGGGAAGUGGCGUCAGAAUCAGAAUACAUCGAUGGUCAGCCAGUCAAAGUGCGCACGCUUUCACGAGCUGCGCUGACACACCGACUCAGGAAGUUGAAGAGCAAGAUGGUGAAAUGCAAGCAGUGUGAAAACUACAUUGUUGUCAAUGGGGUCGAAUGUGAGGAGUGUGGGCUGGCUCUGCACAGGAAGUGUAUGGAGGUGUGUCAGCUGGAGUGUGAGAACAAGAAGGGGACAGUGUUCGGGGUGGACCUCUCUCUGCUGUUUCGUGACCGGCCAGAAGAGGUGCCCUUUGUGGUGCUGCUCUGCACGUCUGAGAUUGAGAGUCGUGCUCUCUCGAUCCAGGGGGUGUAUCGUGUGAGCGGGUCCAAGCCUCGCAUCCAGAAGCUCUGUCAGGCCUUUGAGACGCAAAAGGAGCAGAUGGACCUCUCUGACCUUUCACCCCAUGACAUCACCUCCAUCCUCAAGCACUUCUUCAAGGAGCUCCCAGAGCCCUUACUGACCUUUGACCUGUACAAUCCUUUCAUCACGAUGGGAAAGACCAUUCAGCACCAGAGUGAAAGGGAGCCGACGCCAGACACUAACGAGACAGUGGACAUCAUUCACAACCUGCAGAAGCUACUACAGAAACUCCCGCCGUAUUCCUACAGCACCUUACAGUACAUGAUGUCUCACCUGCUAAAAGUUUCAGAGAACUACGAGAACAAGAUGUGCGCGAGCAAUCUGGGUAUUGUGUUUGGGCCGACACUACUGCGCCCUCUAGUGUCUACGGACAUGUCGAUGAUGGCCCUGCUGGAGACCAGUUACCAGGCCGUGCUUAUUGAGUUCCUCAUCACGCACCACGACAAGAUUUUUGGCCUUCAGCAGAGACCCGGUACGCCCCCUCCCCCGGCCCCUACAGCACCUCUUCCAGACACCCCUCCCAGAGCUUCCUGCGCCCUGGAUGGGGACGUUUACACCAAAAAUGAAACCUCAACCACAGAGCGGCAACACUCGAUAGAAAGUCGAACAAUCAAAAGAGAGUCAAGCGAGGGUUAUAUAUCUGACAAGUCUUCAUCCAAUGAGGCAGUGGACCAGCUCAGCCCUGAGGCCAAUGAGAGAGCAGUCCUGGCUAUGAGAGGGGCAUCGAGCAAUCCUCAGGGUGAGCCGGUGGGGGAACCAGACUCUGAUUUAGGGACCAAGCCACACUAUCGCUUCACCAGACAGCCUGUGAAGUAUUACCGGCAUCAUAACCCAGGAACCCGACUCCCCAACCUGGAACGUAAAGCCAUAUCGCCUGCAGCCCCAGCGAGGGGAUGUCCAGGGAGCGCAGACAGCAGCCGCAGCUCCUCUCCAGAGCCGGGGACACUGAGACUUUCCCAAAACUUAGACGUCCACUUCGAGAACACGCACCGGCCCCACCAGGCCGCCGUGGACGUCCCACCGAGUCCCCGCGAGGUUGUGCAGUACAUGCUGGGACUGGACUCGAUGUUUACAUCAGCUGCAACUACGACACCAACCGGUACAACACAGGAGUUGGUGGCAUCUGGGUGUCAGAACAUAAAUCUGUCCAAUAACAGACAGAGUGCUGGACAGAGUCAGGCCCUGUGUCCGUCACCGAAGACACUUCCUGUUGACUACCACCUGAGUUCGCCAGCUCAGAAGAUCCUGUCUGGCCUGAAGCUGAGACGCAGCCACUCAGGGAAGGACGAGCAGCUCUUUGUCUGAGGAAAGAUAGAAAUCUCCAGACAGUUCACUGGAUUACAUUCACACACAGGUCUGCUAUUUCUUUAUAGCAGACCGUUGCUAUGUAUAGCAGACCGUUGCUAUGGGCGCAGUUCUGAUGUCGGACCGUUUUUGUGUCAAAUUAUUGAUUUCUUAAGUAAGU